ACCACGCCUGACGUCAUUGCAUAAUCACAAACAUGGCGCUGCGCUCUUACUGUCGACAGUUGGUUCAUUUGAAGCAUUGUAUAAAUGACUGUACGAGAAAUGUAUCCGGUUCCAGCUUAUCUUUUGUAAGAAUCAAAUCGCUGCGAGAGUCGGCCGGUGUGUUUGUGCAGUCGAGCCGCUGUGUGAGCCGCUGGCACAGAAGGUCAUGGCAUCUGGGCGUCAGUUCUCAAAGCACCGGUGAGAAGCGUCACUCGGACACGGCGGGGUUCAGCAGGUGGACUCUUGCGUGGGGUGUGAUGGCCUUUUCUCUUUUUGGAAGCUCUGAUGAGAGGACUGAGGAACAAAAACUUGAGGAUGAACUUAUUCUGCUCUUGAAGAAAGCCAAGUACAGCAUGAUGACUGGGGAACUGGACGCAGCCAAUGUCCUCUUACACAAAGCUGUCAGACUGGCACAUCAGAUGCACAAUAAUGAUGCCAUUAUAUAUACAUACAGCCUGAUGGCGAAUCUUGCCUUUGUCCAAGGUCAGCUGGAUAAUGCUGAGAAGCUGUUUAAAGCAGCCAUGAGCUUCAUGCUGUCAGGAGGAACACCACAGGAUGACAAUGCAGUGAUUGAGAUGUCACUGAAGCUGGCCAGCAUAUAUGCCACUCAAAACAAGAACGAGUUGGCGGAGCAUGGCUUCCAGUUCUGCACAGAGUCUUUAGAGGCCAAGAUUGAGAAACAGAAGGACCUUCCUCCAGAAAGCCUGUCAGACGAGGAGCGCAAAGACACCAGGCUGCUGCUCGGUCUUAGUCUGGAUGCGAGGGCACGUUAUUUGGCAGCUAAUCAUCGUUUCACAGGGGCUUGCAAGGAUUACCGGCACGCGCUGCAGAUCUGCCAGGAGGAGCAGGGAGAAUCCCAUCCACAGACCCUGGUUCUUUUGAGUGAUCUGGCGACCGUUUUGGACCUGCAGGGGAAGCAUGAUGAGGCAUUGACUUAUGUGAAGAAGGCCGUUGAGCUUGGACAGGCAGCGGGUCACCCUGAUCAACAUGUGCUGCUUGGGAAUAUGGCAGGAAUUCUGAUGCACAAAGGGGAGUUUGAGGAGUCUGGUAAGCUGUAUAAGGAAGCCCUGGCUCUGGCACAUGCAGCAGGAGAUGGAGAGGCUGUUGAGCAGCUUCAGGAGGGGCUGAAAGAGCUGGCCAACAGGAGAGACGGGCAAACGGAGAGCAAAGCUGAUGAACAGGAGCCUAAGGAAUGAUCCAAACAAAACACUCCUGGAAGUAUAAUAUACUUCAUAUAUAUAUAUAAUAUAUAUAUAUAUAUAUAUAUAUAUAUAUAUAUAUAUAAUAUAUAUAUAUAUAUAUAUGUAUAUGUGUUGUAUAUAUACAUAUACAACAUUAGGACAAAUUUAUCAGUUUUGUGCAACUUAUAAUUCAACAGUACACAACAUACAUUGUCUAAUGCCCUUUUUAUACCUAACCUCCCAUUAGACUUAUUUUGUAGUCUUGCUCUUGGACUGUAAUAAAUGAUUUCUCUGUAAAAUAGAAUCAGGGAAGACGGAGUGGUGGACUGAUGACUGAGUGAAAAGUCAGAUAUUCUGUACAUCAGGGCAGCUCAUCAUUGGUCUGUUGAAAUAAUGUGCAAUGAAACAUGUAAUCUUAUUUAAAGACGACUUGUGUUAUUGUGUUUGAUGUGAGAAGUGAUUUGAUAAACCUAUGAACAAAA